GCACAAAUGCGUUGGCAAAACAAAUAAAUUGUUCUUGAAUUUUUAGAUCCUAGGAAGCACAAUUGAAUAACUGAGUUAUCGAGGAAAUGCGGCUGACACAGCUGUGGCAGAACCGCUCGCCCGGCGACCGCCACUUGAGCACAUACUUUUGCUUUGCGGUGGUGCGCCUCCUGCUUGUCUUCGUGCCCCAACUGGGCUACGUGCAUCCGGAUGAGUUUUUCCAGAGCGUGGAGGUGAUGACUGGUGAUCACUUUAGGCUGGAGCACACGCGCACCUGGGAGUUCAACAACUCGCUGCCGGUGAGGUCUAUUGUUCUGCCCUUCGCUCUGCUGCGGAUUCCCUGGAGCUUCUACGAGUUCGUGGCCGAGUGCCUGAAAGCCUGGUGGCAGCUGGAGCUGCUGGGCACCUACACCUAUGUGGUGUUCCCGCGGCUGAUUUACACUCUGAUCUCCUUCAGCAACGACUACUGUUUGUACCGCAUCUGCCGGUUGUAUGGACUCCGCUUCGAAAUCCGCCUCUUGGCCAUGGGUAGCUCCUGGAUUCUGCUCGUCUUCGGCACGCGCACCUUCUCCAACAGCCUGGAAAUGGCCAUGUGCUCCUGGCUGCUCUGCUUGGUAUCCGAAUGCAUGCUGCGCACGAAUACAGUGGUGUACAAAAAGGAGUUCCUCGAAGAGAAGUACGACAAGGCGGAGUCCAUCAGCGAAAGAGUGCGCAUUUGGAAGCUAAAGAACUCCCUGCCGGCGCACAAUCUGCAGCACCUUAUGGCCAUGUCCACCAUUUGCGUGGCUGGAGUGUUUAAUAGACCUACAUUCCUGCUGUUCGGAGCACCCAUGGUCUUCUUUUGGUUGCUGCGCGGCAUGGGAACAAGAAGCAUCACCUUCAGGGACUUUAACCUGCGCAUUGCUCUCUUCUGUGUGUGCUCCCUGCCUGCCCUAGUACUCUUUAUAUUCUGCGACUCGCUGUACUAUCAACACUUGACCCUCGGAGAACUGCACAUGAUGCACUUGAGCAUCGACAACUUUGUCUUCACGCCCUGGAACUUCAUUAAAGCCAACCUGGAUUCGGCACAGACGGCCAGCCACGGAGUCCACCCGUGUUAUGUCCACCUAAUGGUCAACAUGCCAAUGCUGUUUAACGUCCUUGCCUUGGCUUCGUUGGGAGCCUUUGCACAGCUGCUGCUCAGGUUCUUCCGGGCGGAAUACCAGGUGCUGCCGCGCUUCCAGAGCAUCGUGUCAUUGAUGUCGGGGGCCAUAUUUGUGCCCCUAUUCUUUCUCUCCCUAAUCAACCACCAGGAGCCCCGCUUUCUGUUGCCAGUCACAUUUCCCCUCAUUCUGCUACAUGCGCCCAAACUAAUCACCGGAUUUAGUGCCAAGUAUCCCUUCCAAAAGGACCACCCACUCUUACGCUUGUUCUACGACAAACUGCUUUCAAGCAAAGCUUCUGGUCCCUACCUGCUGAAGAUCUGGUACGUAAGCAAUGUGGCGCUGACCCUAUUCUUUGGCUUCAUCCACCAGGCGGGCGUUUAUCCCUUGGCAGCGGACAUUUCGCAUGUGGUUGCCACUAAGCCGGCAGCAACGCACGUUCAUCUUAUAACGUCGCACAUAUACAGCCUGCCCUUACACCUGAUCAACAUUCCCAGCUCGAGGGUACUGCACUUCGACCGCCAGACCCACCAGCGAUACCGCCGCCCAAGAGACUUUUAUAUGUACGAGUACGGAGGCCUACCCUUGGAAUCCCUGCUGCAGAAGGUGAAACUCAUCAGUGGGAGCUGCGAGGUGAAGCAGUCGGGACCAAGUCGGCGGCGCUACAAACUGUAUUUAGCCAUUCCGGCGUCAUUAAGUGCAGAGCUUCACGAGGCUCUCGUGCACUCGAAUGCCACCAGCUACCUUAACUUCGAACUGCUAAAGGUGUUCUAUCCACACCUCUCCACGGAGGCGUUUCCUCGCCUUCAGGGCAGGCAUCCGUGCGAUGUGGAUGCUCCUCAUUGGGCGUACGACGAUCUACGGGGCACUUGCGCAGUAGAGCAGCUACCUGCGUUUAGUUUUGCCUACCUUAAUAAGCAAUUCAGCUCCUUCGUCCAUCAACUAGGACUGGCGCUCUACGAGAUCGACGUGACGCGGAAGAAGCCUCGUUCUGUGUUACUAAAGAAACCCUCGAUAACGAAAACUCCGGCGUAGUGUUCAGUCUUUGGCCAAUCCAAGUGCCUUAUACCAAAGUUCUAGGCUAAGAUUAACUAUUUAUUGUAACUUAAGUCGCGUCAUGCACAACUUUCGCAAAACAAAAAACUAUUGUAAGGCUUGACUCUUGUAAACAUUCUCAGUAUGUGCACAACGAACAUGAAAUUUUUAACAUGGCUAGUCAUUACCAAAUAUUCACUUGAUCUUAAGAUCCAUUCCAUAAACUAACAUAAGGACAAUAAUGCAGAGUGACCGCAGAUAAAAAGAGCAGCCAAGGCUUAAAUCCUAUCGAAGAGUUGUCGAACGCUGGAAAAGAGUAAUCCAUUUGACACGCCGUUGGCUCUUAAUUCCCAACAAACAUCUGAGGCGUGGGGCGCGGCAUCCGCGUUCAUUGAACGUUACCCGGCAGAAAUCUCGUUGCGGACACAAUUGUGUUCUGAUUUAGAUUUGGUGUUUGGGCCGCCUAAGCCGUAAACCCGUUUUGGCAAUGAGGUGACAAUUGGCCUAUAAAAUGCUGGACCAUUUUGACCAACGGCAUCAGUCACCGACGAACCAACCAAACCAAUCAACAAAAUCACCAUGAAGUUCCUCAUCUGCUUGGCCCUCUGCAUCGCCGCCGCCCAGGCUGGCUACAUUGCCUCUCCGGUGACCACUUAUGCCGCUGCUCCAGCAUAUGCCGCCGCCUACGCUGCUCCAGUGGCCACCUAUGCCGCCGCCGCUCCUGCCUACUCCACUUAUGCUGCCGCCGCUCCUGCCUACUCCACUUACGCCGCCGCCGCUCCUGCCUACUCCACAUACGCUGCCGCCGCUCCCGCCUACACCGCCUCGGUGUACAGUGCUCCGGCUUACACCGCCCCGGUGGCCACUUAUGCUGCUGGUGCCGCGUACGCCGCUCCCGUCACCACCUACUCGGCUCCGGCCAUCGUCAGCCCCUUCCUGAAGAAGAAGUAAGCGCGCACCACCAAUCAGACAUCCAAACGAUCCGAUAAACUAAAUAAAACGCCCAUCUAAGCGAAA